UGCAUGCAAGAGCUUUUGAACAUAGCUAGAGUUCAGUCUUUUAGACCCAUUAGGGAACAAGAGCUGCUUAAUCUCAUGGAAUGGAUUGCUUCUAAUGUUGGAUUGGGUAUUGAUCUUAGUGAGAGGAUCCAAAAAUCAACACAUGGCAUCACUUCGAGGGCUGCUUUCGGUAAGAAAAGCAAAGACCAUGACGAGUUCAUAUCAAUUAUGGAGGAAAGUUUAACGUUUGCAGCAGGCUUUGAAUUUACAGAUUUGUUUCCUUCUCUCAACUUUAUUGACCUGAUCAGUCCUGCAAGGUCUAAAUUGGAGAAACUGAAGCAGAGGGCAGAGAGAAUAAUCGAAAACAUCAUCGAAGAACAUAUUGAGAAGAACAAGUCACCAUUGAAAGCUGGUGGUGAAAGUGAAACACAUGCAGAUUUUGUUGAUGUUCUUCUCAAGUUUCAUGCAAAGGAUGACCUUGGCUUUUCUUUAACUAGUGACAAUGUUAAAGCACUGAUUUGGGAUAUCUUUACUGCAGGAGGUGAGACAUCAGCUACAACUAUAGAUUGGGCAAUGGCAGAACUGGUAAGGAAUCCAGGAAUAAUGAAAAAAGCACAAGAUGAGAUUAGGAAAGUGUUUAGCAAAAAAGGUAGAGUUGAUGAAGCAGAAGUUACUAACAUGAGAUACUUGAAAUCAAUUGUCAAAGAGACUUUGAGACUGCACUCUCCUGUUCCAUUGUUACUACCAAGAGAAUCUACAGAGAAGUGUGAAAUUAAUGGUUAUGAGAUACCUGUGAAAACCAGGAUUGUUGUUAAUGCAUGGGCAAUGGGAAGAGAUCCUAAAUAUUGGACUGAACCAGAUAGUUUUAUACCAGAAAGAUUCCUUGAUAGCUCUAUUGACUUCAAGGGGAACAAUUUUGAGUACAUCCCAUUUGGUGCAGGAAGGAGAAUAUGUCCAGGCAUAUCAUUUGGGCUUAUAAAUGUUGAGCUACCCCUUGCAUAUUUGUUGUACCAUUUUGAUUGGAAACUUCCCAAUGGAAUGAAACAUGAAGAUUUGGACAUGACCGAGUUGUUAAGUAUAACAGUUCGAAGAAAGGAACAUCUUCACUUGAUUCCUAUUGCUUAUGAUAUUUCAUGUGUUGAAAAAUCACAAGGAGGAUGAUCAUCUGUUGUUGAUGAAGAUGAUUUUUCUAUUGAAGCUUAAUAUUGAUACUUGGGCACUAUUAAAUUCUAUUUUAGCAUAUUUGUUUUAAGCAUUAAUAAUGAUGAGUAUAUAUAUAUAU